UGAAAUUACAGAAUACUAUCAACUACCUCCAGAGCUUUUACGAACUGUGCUUCAAGAGGGAAUAAUCCCUUGCGGAUCUCAGAAAGCUGACAUAUAUCAGUUGGGCAUGAUAAUAUACCAAAUCCUUUUUCAUGUGAAACCCUACACAGAAAAGACUGAUUUGUCUCCAAAAGAGCUUAUUACUGCAAUUUAUCAGAGUUCCAACGAUAAUCCCUGCUAUCCCACAAUACCUGAAGGAAACAGUUACAGCAUGCGCUUGAGUUCAAUUAUGCAGCAGUGCUGGGCAUCGAAAGUGGACGUGCGGCCAGAGCUUUAUGCCAUUAGCGAUGCAGUAGCAAGAGAGUUUGAAAAAGAGGGCAAAGGGAACAUUAUUGAUCAAAUGGUUCGCAUCAUCGAUGACUACCAAGAGAAUCUGGAUUCGAAAAUUGCGGAAAGGACGAAACAUCUGGAAAUUAUGCUUGAAAAAACACAAAAAAUUCUAUAUCAAAUUUUACCUAGUUGCCGAGGAUUUGAGAGAGGGGUUCCCCAUACGUCCGGUAAUGCAUCCAAGCGUGUCAUUGAUGUUUGGUGA